AUGGUCAAUGGCGACGCUAUCGCCUAUAAUGUCGCUGUCUUUAUCAGUACCCUGUUCCUUCUUGAGUUCGGCGCCGAUAAAUUCGUCGACCAUACCGCCAUCGUUGCCCGUCGGACGGGAAUUCCCGACACGGUGAUUGCCCUGCUCACUGCCGGUGCAGAGUGGGAAGAGCUCGUUGUCGUCGUUGCUUCGCUUGCGCAGGGUCGACCCUCGCUAGCAGUGGGAAACAUCAUCGGGUCAGCCAUCUCGAACAUCCUUGGCGCCUUUUCACUAGGACUUUUGUUCCGUCCUACGGGGCCGCACGUUGAGUUUGACAGGAGCUCUAGGGUAUACGCUUUAUGUUUGCUUGUUAUCACCACUUUUGUCGCGCCAAUCAUUUACUUCCCCCAGCGGAUCAUCUGGUUGGCAUGCGGUUCUAUCCUGAUUUCGCUCUUCGCCAUCUACCUAAUCUCCAUAGGCUGGGCCAUCAGUCGAGGCAGUCUCACCGCUCCCGAGGGUUCGGAUGAUGAUAGUAGCGAUGAUGAAAGCGACACGUUGUCAACAGAAUCGACGCCCUCUGUCAGGAACCCCCUCCUCCCGAGCCACGAGGAGCGUGAGCCUGAGGAUAGGAAUGAACGGGAUCCACGAGUCGAUGGUAGUCCCGAGGUGACCGGGCUCACAAAUGUUUUGAGUCGUCGAAGAAGACGGAGCCUCGGAUAUCAUGUCGGACUUCUGGUGCUCGGCUUCUUAGCCAUCUGCCUUUCUGGCUAUGUUCUCUCGCAGGCGGCCAUCAACAUAACAGACGCUCUGGGCAUCUCCGACGUUCUAUUCGGUAUCGUCAUUCUUGCCAUCGCCACCACCCUGCCCGAGAAAUUUGUUGCUGUCCUGAGCGGCAACCGAGGCCAUGUAGGGAUUCUUGUGGCCAAUACCGUGGGGAGUAACGUCUUUCUCCUGUCGCUCUGCCUGGGUGUUGUUAUGAUUGAUACCUCCGAGGACUUCGGUGGGGGUCAUGUUAAGAUUACUGAGCUUUGUGUCCUCUGGGGCUCCACGUUAGCGCUCACAAUAGCCGUUUGGUACGGCGAAAGGAUUGAUCGAUGGAUUGGAGGAAUUAUGUUACUUGGAUAUGUUGUAUUUAUCAUUAUGGAGUUUACAGUUAUUCAUCAUACAGCAGAUACACCAUAA